AUGUCUUCAACACCGGUCAUCCUGAUCUUCGGCGCCGGCGCCAACACUGGCCUGGCGACCGCCAAGAAGUUCGCCAAGGAGGGCUACAAGGUCGCGGCGGUCUCGCGCAAUCCGUCGACGGAGCUCAAGGCGGCCACAGACCUCAUCGUUCCCGCCGACCUGACGGACCCCAAGACAGUAGAGACGGUCUUUGAGAAGGUCACCAAGGAGCUGGGCGUACCGCACGUGGUCGUAUUCAGCGCUGCUGAUGGGCAGAUGGUCUCGGGCGCGAACCCUAUCACCGUCUCCACCGCCCGCCUGACAGAGACUCUGACGGUGAGCACCAUCUCGCCAUACGCGGCGGCACGGCUAGCUAUAAAGGGGUGGGCGACGCUGCCUGCUUCGGCCGCCAAGGCGUUCCUGUUUGUGGGCAACAUGAUGAACACGCAGGUCCUCCCGGAGACGCACAUCCUGGGCAUGGCCAAGAACGCAACGGCGUACUUCAUCGAGACGGCGGCCGAGGCGUACAAGAGGGCCGGCAAAGACUACAAGUUCUACUACGUCGACGAGCGGCUCGAGAACGGCGAGAGCUGCAUGAUGGACAUCGACGGUGAGUCGCACGCGCUCGAGUUCUGGAAGCUGGCGCACGAGGUCGAGGGCCAGAGCCACUGGUGCUGGACUUUCGUCAAGGGCGACGCUGCCAAAGGCGAGACUGGCCGCUACGUGAGAAACAGGGCGUAUGUGGAUAGGGAGUAUCGGCUGAUGAAAGACUUUGGCCUGCCUGAUUUGAGCAAUGUGCCUGAGGGUGGUAUGAGCUACCGCGAGUUGCUAGGGAAGAUGGGUUCUGGUGAGCUCACCGCGAAGAAGUAG